GACUCCUAUCCAGUGUCUCCUGUCUUUUCUCCUUAUCCACCUCACUCCCUCCCUCCUUCCUUCUCUCGCAUCAGGCGGAGUUUCCAAUCCCCAGCUGAGAGACCUCAUUCUCGUGCAGGAAAACACACACACACAGCUUGUUAGGAAGAGGUGAGGAUGGGCCACAGUGGAGAGAUCUGUGACUUCCCCUCUGCACUCUAAUAUUCCCAGCAGGACCUGGGAGGAUCAGGCAAAGCUCCUGCUCUCACACCAUCUCCUUGGUUGUCAGAUGGAUGCUCCGUGAUCAUGACUCCAACUUUCUAUCUGCUCAACGCUUGUAGGGAACGAACCGCCUGUUGCUUACGAGUCAAUCGGUGGGGACCAAGAUCUUGAAGACCUCCGCUCUACUCUGCUUUCCUGGUCUUCUAAAGCUGCACCACAGGAGAAGAUGUAGGCAUCAUAUGAACACCCAAUAAUCCCAAAGUCCAGAGCCUCAUCUUUCCAACCACCUCUCUCUUGAGUAUGCUGCUGGCCGGCCAUGCCUUUCUUGGACUGGUACCUCCGGCGCUCAUUAGCAACAUGGCUAUUGUUACACAGCUUGGUCCUUAUGUCCCUCUGCUUCCAGUCAGCUACGACUUUCCCCAAGGGCUGUCAUGCCUCCCAAGAGGAUGGCUACAAGACUUUGCGUUGCAGCAAUGCUCAGCUUACAGAAGUACCCAAAGACAUUCCCAAUGACACCAACAGACUGUACCUAGACUUCAAUCAGAUCACCUACCUCCCAUCAGAUUCUUUCCGCAAUCUCCCUGUUCUUAUGGAGCUAGACCUGUCCCACAAUUUCCUGGGUCGUUUGGAUGUUACAGCUUUCAGGAGCUUAAGUGACCAUUUACACUCCUUAGACCUGUCUUCCAACAAACUAGUGUCUGUCAACAAGGAGGUCUUUGCUAACCUGAAAGCAAGAACAAAUCUUUCUGGCAACCCCUGGAUGUGUGACUGUGAUCUUCAAGAACUCAUAAGGAUGGUAGAGUUGGACCCCAGUUCCUCUAGUGGAAUUGUGUGUGCCAGUUCUGUACUGGAGGAACAUGCUGGCAAGCCCUUCCUUCAGGUGGUCAAAGAUAUUGACCUGUGCAAUGCUUAUAAGAAAACCACGGACGUGGCCAUGCUUGUCACAAUGUUUGGUUGGUUUGCCAUGGUCAUUUCCUACUUGGUGUAUUAUGUACGUCAAAACCAGGAGGAUGCUCGACGUCAUCUGGAGUACCUUAAAUCCCUGCCCAGCAAGCAGAAGAACACAGAGGAGCCCUCAACACUAAGCACUGUGGUUUGACCUGGGGACAGAGCAUAGGACUUUAUAUUUAUGGACAGGUCACUCAGAUAAAGUGUAAACUUAUUUUAUCUUUUGCUAUUUACAACUUUACUACUUUUUGGCUUAAAUUUCCUCCUAUUGAAACAUCCAGGUGGGAAAAAAGAAUAGCGAUUGAUGAAUUGGUUUGUACAGUCCAUAUCACUUUUUUUAGUAAGGAUGAU